AUGACCGUCACAAAGCGGAAACAAAAGCCCCGCGAGACCGGCGGACCUGAUACGGCCGUCUCGGCCCCGCAACUCGAGUCGGGCAUGAAGGCGACGUGCGACUCGUGUUCGACCGACAUUACGCAUACGGUGCAUAUUCGGUGUGCGGAGAAGGUUGGAGAGAGGCUGACGUGUCCGGACUUUGAUCUUUGUGUCGAUUGCUUCCUUCACGGCAAAUCCCUCGGCCCUCACCGUGCCAACCACGCCUACCGCGUCAUCUCCUCUCACGCCUUCCCCAUCUUCGACCCCGAUUGGGGAGCAGACGAGGAACUGCUUCUCAUCGAGGGCGCCGAGAUGUACGGGCUCGGGAACUGGGCGGACAUUGCGGAACACGUCGGUGGGCGGACGAAGGAGGAGUGCUACGAGCAUUACAUGCGGACGUACAUCGAGAGUCCAGACUAUCCUCUUCCGCACAUCCCUCCCGAAAUCGACCCAACAAACGCCGAGUCCUUCCAGCAACGCAAAAAAGCGCGACUGGAAGAACUGCAAUCCCGUCCAAUCCCGCUCCCUCCUCCCAAACCGCUCGCCUCCGCACCGACAUGCCACGAGAUCGCAGGCUACAUGCCCGGCCGUCUCGAGUUCGAGCACGAGUAUGAGAACGAGGCGGAGGUGUUGAUCAAGGAUCUCGAGUUUGGGAGGGUGUAUCACUUUGGAGGCGAGUUGCAGCCUGCUGCGCCGCCGGCGGAGAAAACGGCGGCGGAGAAGGAGGCGGAAGGUGCGAAUGGCGCGGCGGAGGAGGAGAAGCCGUUGCCGGAUGGCGAGAACGAGGGCGACGAGCCGGAGGCGGAACUCGACCUCAAGCUCGCGAUACUCGAGUUGUUCAACGAGCGGUACGACAAGCGUAUGCAAGCCAAGGAGCUCAUCUUCGACCGAGGGUUGAUCAACUACAAGACGCUCUCGGCGGCCGAGCGGAAACGGUCCAAGGAGGAGCGUGACCUCAUCACGCGAACAAAAGUCUUUGCGCGCAUUCAGACGGCGCAAGAUCACGAGGACUUGGUCGAGGGAUUGCUCUACGAGAUCACCCUGCGGAGACGCAUCGCCGAACUGCAAGAGUAUCGACGGAACGGGGUCACGACGCUCGCCGAAGCCUCGCGGUAUGAGCAGGCGAAGCAGCAGCGAUUGUCGUCUAAAGCGGCCUCGUACCGCGACUCGAUCUCGCUUUCGUUCGACCGUGCCGCCGCCUCCCGUCGACCAACCCCUCAGUCUACUCUUGUCCAGCAACUCAAAAACCGCCCUGCGCCCCCUCUCACUCUCGCAACAGCCGACUCGCUCCAGCUGCUCACACCCCUCGAGACGCAACUCUGCUCGACCCUGCGCAUCCUCCCUCGGCCGUAUCUCUUCCUCAAGGAGGUUCUCCUGCGGGAGUACGUCCGGCUGAAGGGGAACAUGACGGCGCGAGAAGCGCGGCGGGCGGUCGUCCGGGAGAAGAAUGGCGAGUUGCUUGGACCCGAAGAGGGCGUCGGGGGCGAGUGGGGCGAGAAGAUUGAGCGCGUGUGGGAGUUCCUGCGCGACUCGAUGGGCUUGAAGGAGCGGGUGAUGGUUGGGAUGGACGGAGACAUGGACGAUGGCGGGACGGCCGACGAGGAGAUGGACGACGACGAGGUCGAUGCGGAUGGCGACGACGCGAUGGCGCUGGCCGACGAGGCGCCGAAGCCUGCAGCGGUUGCAACAUGA